ACCUCUACUCAUGAACUCACUCAUGGUCAGAGACAGGAAGAGCACUUGUCCCGGACAGACUGUGGGAUCUACACUUGUCUUUUCCCCAAAAGGCAGCAGAUGAAUUCCAACCUAGAGCUAAAUGGAAGCCUAACACAGAACCACAGACAACUGCCGUGAGGCUAUCUUUGUCAGUGCGAUGGAUGAGACCAACAGUUCAGAAGUCAAGUUCAGGCUGAACAAGGCUCCAGCUCAUUCUACGUCCAUCACCACGGCCAGAGGACAGUGGUCGAAUAAAAUUGAGUUCCUCUUGGCUGUUGCAGGACAAAUCAUUGGCCUGGGAAAUGUUUGGAGAUUUCCUUACCUGUGCUACAAAAAUGGCGGAGGUGUGUUCUUCAUCCCGUAUGUACUCUUCUUUAUUACCUGUGGCAUCCCCCUGUUUCUGCUGGAGACCUCUCUUGGCCAGUACACCAAACAGGGGGGUAUUACCUGCUGGAAGAAAAUCUGUCCUCUGUUUGAAGGGAUAGGUUAUGGCAGUCACUUAGUUGUUUUGUACUCUAGCAUUUAUUACAUCAUCAUCCUGGCGUGGGCCUUCCUGUAUCUUUUCUCUUCCUUUAACUCUGAGCUUCCUUGGGCGAGUUGCAGAAACAUUUGGAACACAGAGACGUGUGUGGAGUUCGAUAAAAAAGCUGAUUCUUACAACUGGACUGUGCCAGAAAAUGCAACGUCACCUGUGAGAGAGUUUUGGGAGAGAAGGGUUUUGAAUCUCUCAGGAGACAUCAAUGAAUUGGGCAGCAUACGAUGGGAGUUAGCUCUGUGCCUUCUGUUGUCCUGGGUCAUCUGUUACUUCUGCGUCUGGAAGGGAGUGAAGUCCACGGGGAAGGUGGUUUACUUCACUGCUACGUUUCCAUAUUUGAUGAUGAUAGCGUUGCUCAUUCGUGGAGUCACGUUGCCUGGGGCCUUAGACGGGAUCAAAUACUACCUUUACCCAGAUCCUUCCCGCCUCGCUGAUCCACAGGUAUGGAUGGAUGCUGGCACGCAGAUAUUUUAUUCCUAUGCUAUUUGCAUCGGAUGUCUAAUUGCACUUGGCAGUUAUAAUAAGUACGACAAUAACUGCUACAAGGACUGUGUAUAUUUGUGCCUUCUGAACAGUGGGACCAGUUUUGUUGCAGGCUUUGCCAUCUUCUCUGCACUGGGAUUCAUGGCGUAUGAGCAAAACACACACAUAUCACUAGUUGCAGAGUCAGGUCCUGGCCUAGCGUUCAUUGCCUAUCCCCGAGCAGUCGCCAUGAUGCCUUUUCCUCAGCUCUGGGCAUUUUUCUUUUUCAUAAUGAUCAUCCUCUUGGGUCUGGACAGUGAGUUCGUAGGUCUAGAAGCUCUCGUCACAGGAAUUUCCGACAUAAAUCCGGCCUUCUUCCACGUUGGUCACCGCCGCAAACUUCUUCUGCUUGCUAUCAGUGUUGUCAGUUUCUUGAUUGGCCUUGUGAUGGUGACAGACGGUGGACUGUACAUCUUCCAGUUGUUUGACUACUAUGCCUGCAGUGGGAUGACUCUGCUCCUCUUUGCCAUAGUGCAGUCUGUCAGUGUUGGAUGGGUGUAUGGUGCAGACCGUUUUUUUGGAAACAUUGAGGACAUGAUUGGAUACAAGCCUCUGCCUUUGAUUAAGUACUGUUUGAAAUAUGUCACUCCAGUAGUCUGCCUGGGAACAUUUAUUUUCUCUUUAAUCAAACACACUCCUUUGAAGUUCAACAACACCACCGAGUAUCCAUGGUGGGGUUAUGCUCUCGGCUGGUGGUUCACUCUCUCCUCUACACUCAUGGUUCCCAUCUGGAUGGUGUACAAUCUGUGCACAACUCCUGGUACACUACGACAGAGGAUCUCCAUCUUGUCUACUCCAGCUGACGACCUUCCUCUGUCCAUCUCAGAGAAAAAAGCUCUGGAACUGCUCGACUUGAGUUCCCCUCCUGACAGCGUUAUGUCCUAGUGAGAAGAGACAAACUGGAGCAGCUUCACUCAACACUUUGACAUCUUAACAUCUAUUCAUUUAGCAGAGAAGGCUGUCCCCUUCCUGAAGGAGCCAGCAGGACGUCCCAAGAUGAUGUUUCUGACCAGAGGACUGCCACUGUUAGUCAGGGAACAUAUGCAAUCACAAGUUUGUGUUCUUGUUAACCAUUGUUACAUUAUUCUUAUUCUUAUAUUAGUAAGAUGUUCAGAAACAGAUAUCAGUGGUGGCAAAAGCCAAAAGACACACCCACUCCAAGUAUCACCCACAACAAGACCCGCCCCUUUCAGGUAACGCCCACCGAAAGGCACACCCACUCUGUGAUAUAAUUGGAUGUUAACCCAAUCACCAAUUAGUGCUUAUUGAUGCUGUACGUCAGCAAAUACUGCGCCAGGCAAUAUAUGUAAAGAAGGAAGUUGUGGUGUGUUUGGAAAGAAGCAUUUUACAUUUACAUGAUUUUUAUUUUCAAAAUUUCUAUAUAUGAUAUAUUUGAAGUACAUCAAGGUCACUUACAUGAACUGAAUUGGUUUUGUGGUGGGAAAUAAUUCAUUGUCUUAAGGAACUGUAAAAUCCCCCAGGUGUCAAGGAUGGAUUUGAGGAAAAUCCAAUAGCGAGACCCUGGCUACAUCCUCUUUUCAUUUUCCUAUAGCAGUGGAACAAUACUAUACACUAAAUAGACAAAUCAAUUUAUAAGAUAAAAAUAGUUGAGUUAGGUGAAAUUCUGAUGUUACAGCAGGAUAAGACAUUUACCUUUUAUGGUUACGGUAGAAAAAUAAUGGAAUAUAAGUAUAAUAGAUUCUUUAGUGUAAUUCAAUCAUUAGUAGCUUAUGAAAAGAGUGAAACAAUAAAAUAUUAGUUUUAUCAAUAUAAUAAUAUUUUAAAUGGUACCGUAUUAUUAGUGACUAAUGUAUGUAAUGCAGUCUGAUCUUCCAAGAGAUAUAUAUGGAAACCAUAUUGGUGUAGGGUAGAGCUGCCAAUGCAGUGUCUACAUAUACACACAUACUGCAAUUCAGGUAGUUUGGGUUCUUUGUAUGAUUCAGAAACGUAGCAGACAUUCCCCCUGGGUCGCAGUCUGGAGACAGACCCUUUGUGAUGGAAGCAGCGAGGUUAGCUGCUGUGAUGGUGCCUCAUUAAAAAAACUCCUACUGUCACUGCAGAAAGGAACUCGAACUCUGGGCCCUCAGCAAUGGAAGUCGCUCCCUGGGAAACUUGAGAAAUGGAAAAUCAACAGGAUUGGAGUUGACAUGUAGAGCUCACCCACCCAAGCACAGCCUGAGACAGUGGAUCAUAUUUACUGCUGGUGCCUUAACAUAACAGUAUACACAAGUUGGCAGUAAAUGUCAGCCAGCUAGCGUUAAUGUAGUCUUGUGUAGCCAGAACCUUUCUUCAUACACAUGUACAGAUCAAACAUAAUACAAGACAGAUGAUUGCACACUUCACUUUUUAGCUGUUGAUUUACUGAAUGUAUUUGAAUCUGGGCUCAUUCCAAAACUUUACCCAAUAAUUCAUAUUUUUUGUAAGUGUCACCAAUGUUUUGUAAACGUCACAUUUUUUUUAACAUUUAUGGCAAACGUUGAUGCUUAAAUCCAUUUUUUUUUUUUCGACACGGAAAAAAAUGGUUGAUAAUGAGUGAGCUCGUGAUGAUGGAAGGAAGCAAAUGCAAUAGAGAAACUCAGUGUUGGCGAUAACAGUCAGAACCACAGAGAUUAUAUUUUUUAACAAGAGUUAAACAGAUUGUAUUUUUACCUUAGUUUUAAGCUUGCUUAAUUCUACUUUUUAUACAGAAUACUCAUUGAUGAAUUUUACAAGUUAAUGUUUGUAUAAUUUGUAUAGUAUACAGCAUGUCAUUGUUGAAAUAUGUGCCAACAGUUUGCUGUGUAGCAAAAAAGAUGCUCUAAUGUGACAUCAAGGAUCAGUCAAUAUAAUAUUUUAACAUAUCCCUUGCAGAAAUGUUUCUGCACUCUAUUUGAUAUCUUUUUUCUAUUUUUAACUUGAACAACCAGUUGUUUUCAUCGUAAAAAUCUUUGUGUGACUGACAAAUCAUUGUAGAUAACUGGAAUAUUAAUUAUGGGAUAUAAGGCUUAAUAAUCAUUGUACUGUAAGCACAAUAGGUAUUUUCCGUGGAUGAGGCAAUCAGAUAUUGAUUAAUUGAUCUGCCAGGCUUCAUUAACCUGGCAGAUCAUCAUUAUUGAUUUAUUUUCACAUAUCUGAUCAAACUGAAUGCUAGCAACAUGGUGAUGAAAUCAAAUAGUAAUUCAGGUCAAAUAGCAUUAUCACAUAACUUUUUUUUAAUGAAUUCAUUAAUUUUAGGUUAACAGUUUGUUGUUGCAAGGGAGAAAGGUUGCUUCAUGAUAAAUUUGUAUGUAUAAAAUUGUAAAAAUAAAAUGUUGACUAAUAUUUACAAUAAUUCUAGAAUGACAGUUUUUUGGUGAUUCAGACCCUUGAGCACAAAACAUUAGGUCAUUAAAUGCAUCAACACAUUUCGACAGUCUAAUUUUCUGAUCAACUACAAAUAGCAGCCAUCAGUUACACAACCAUGAAAACAAUCUCACAAGGUGCUUUUGACAGCCAGCUUGACGGAUUAUUGUUUAAAAUACUUGGAUAAAUGGUGAACAUGUGUCACCAUAAUGUCUCCAGUGUGCGUGACCUUUUUGGAUAACGUUUUCAUGUUGAUCCGUUUUUAAACCAGUGAAUAUCUGUUGGCAGUUCAUUAGAAACACUAAUUAGGAAACAUCCUCUACUUAAGGUUAUAAAAUGUCGAUUUUAUUCGGAUUAGAGUUGUUGAUUUAACUGUACAAUCCUGUUGGAGGAUGCAUUUUGUGUGUUACUGUUAUUGUUAGUUAUCAUUAUAUAGUUUAUCCCCCAUUAAUAUAAAUGACGUGUCCAUGGUUGUUUUUUGUUGAGAUUUCUAUUCUAAAUUUUGACACCAAGAUUUGUAUUCUUUCUGCAAAUGUAUGUUGGGUUUCCAUUGGUUGUCCUGAUUACUAAUAAUCAAGAUCUGUAUUCGCCUUAAACCACAUAUUGUUUGACCACUAAUCAACUUAAGAGCUGAUGUUAUGUCACUGGUGUGUUCACACCUUGUUCCAGCUGCCCCCAAGUGGCCAAUAGCAUGUAAUGGCAGGUUUUAGAAAAGUAAUACACUUUUUUAUUAUUACAUGUCAUUUGGUGAACGCUUUUAUCCAAAGCGACUUAGAAUUAAUGCAUUCAACAUCUAUGAGGGGCCAUUUAGGGGUUCAGUAUCUUGCCCAAGCACACUUCAGCAUGCAGAUGGGGAAGACUGAGGAUUGAACCGCCCCUCUAGUUGGAGGACGACCACUCUACCCCUCAGCCACAGCCGCCCCAAAUUUCAUGCAUCUGCAUCUUAGAUUGGCUUGUACACAUAAGAGAGGAUCAAUGUGUUACACCUGAUUGAGAACACUGUCUAUGUUUAAGAUCUGCAAAGUCAAAAGUUUGUAUUUAAGUUGGAAUGUGUACCAUUAAAAUACAGUGAUGAAAGAAUACAACUUUAAUUUAUAUUUGUUAUAAUACAAAUGUGUCUAGACCAAAAAAUGUGAUAUUUCCGGAAAGGAAUGUAAAGUCAAGCAAUUAAGAAAAUGGCCAUUAUAUAUUGGAUAGACGCUAUAAAAUGCAGUGCUGUCUACAUUUCAACUAAUACUCAAUUUCUUUAAGAUUUCCAAUCUUUCUCUCAAAAACUCCUUCGUUUUUUUUCAUAUUUAACAAUUUUAAUGACAAUAUAGCUGUAUUUGGCAAAAGCUAUGUCUGAAGAUAUUUUGUUGUAAAAUAGUGGCCUGUAACUUGAAUAAUAACAUAUUUCUUUAAAUGCAACUCUUGCAUUUAUUUAAUGCUUUCAAAGUGCAAAAAAAUAAAGACUAUAUAAAGAAGACAUGAACAAAGGUACCAUGUGUUUUUUUGUCUGAAAAUAUUUCUUUUGCAUAAAUGCUGGUUUAAAACAACGCUCACACUUUGCUGUACAGGGCAAUGAUCUUUUGAUUACAUUUAAAACAUUUGAUAUGACAAACAGUAACACUUCACUUUCUAAUAAAACCAAGCUCACAGGCUGCAGUUGAACCCACUGCAUGUUCUCCUGCUUGUUGUUGUCAAAGCCCCCCCAAAAAUAUUCCUGAAAUUCACAAAGUGAUGAAAGUAGCAGUAAGAGGCCUGUAAAUCUAUCUGCAGUCGACAGAGGGGGAUAAAUAUUCUGUAUAAUCGCCUAAGGAAAAAAGUACUUCAUGCUCAUUUCCACUGUACAAAAUGUUUGAAUGUUCAGAGCCAGCAGUACUUGAAAACAUUUAGCAACAAGCAGUUUAAAAACCUUGCUAGCAUACAACAGUAUAUAUUAAACACACACACAUACACACGGUUGACAUUUUACACAAAAUAUUUAAGACAGCUAAGGUUUUCAUUCUGAACCAACCGAUUAUAAAACAUCUGGAGAUUAUUGUCCGGAUUUGAUCCAGACAUUUUCAUGAAAGAUAAGUGUUGGUUUUACAGUCACCAAAGUGCAUCGUUGUCCACUAUCCACUGACAUUCACACGUUUAAAAAAAAUAAAAACAAAACACAAAA